AUGGGGCAUCUGGCCCAUUCAUCUGAUGUGAGGGCGACCUGGCUAGAGAGAUCUAUCCCUUGGAUGAUUGAGGCUGUUAUUUUGGCUGCACUGACCCCCCUCCAGACUUGUUUUGACACUCUCACCAUGAGAGUAGAGGCUUGUGAGAGCAGGCAGGGAGAGACCUUCGAGGUGACGACUUUGAAAUCCAAAGUAGCAAACUUGAGAAAUGAUGUAGACUAUCUAAAGUCUACUGACGUCACUUCAUUACUGGAGGCUGCAGAUGAUUUGGACGCUCCUGAGACUUCAGAGAUUCCUCCAGCUACCACUAGAGAUAUGCAUAGGGAUGAUGCAGCAGUUGAUGAGUCGGAUGCAGAGACCAACGAUGAGCAGAGAGAGAUACGGGAAGAGAGCAUAUACAUAGAUUUUCCAGAUCUGGAGGAGACUAUUGUAUAG